UUCAUAAGCGCGCGCCCCACUUCCGUGCAUGUUCCGUGUCCGUGUGUGUGUUGUGCUGGUGCAUCGUGUAGGUGCAAAAAGUCGGGAUUUUCGGCCUUUCCGCGGGAUUUUUGGGAACAGAACCGGCCAGAGUAGCAGCCUAGCUGCGUAGCAGGUCAGGAUGGCGGACACGGACGUCGUGCUGAACGGGCCCCCUGAUGUGGGAGACGGUAAAGCGUCAUCUGGAGGGAGCAGCCCACCCCAGUCCCCAGUAGCUGAGACCAAACAGAGCAAGGUGAAGCGACCAGUCGACAUUCAGCAAGAUGUACACGAGAUGGAAAAGCGCAAGAGAGUCUCCCUGAUUCUCAACUCACAAGCAUUCAGAGAGGAGCUGGAAGAAAUUAUUGAGUCUCAGAUCAAGUCAGGCCCUCAUCCGGCCAGCCUGAUAGCCCUGCAGCAGAUCAGUGAGCUCAUCCUCCCCCAGGCCAGGGUGCCCACUUCUGUACUGUCUGGUGGGGGAAUGAGAGCCACAGGAAUCGUAAUCCCCAUCAAUGACCUCCGCGGAGUGGACGCCAUGAGCUACAGCAAGGGCGAGAAACUCCUGCGAUGCAAGCUGGCCUCCCUUUACCGGCUGGUGGACAUGCAUGGAUGGACCAACCUCAUAUACAACCACAUCACGGUUCGCAUCAGCCAGGAGAAGGAACACUUCCUCAUCAACCCGUACGGGAUGAUGUACAACGAGCUGACCGCUGCCUCCCUGGUCAAGGUGGACAUGCAGGGCCAGGUCAUCGACCCCGGCAUCACCACCUUCGGCAUCAACAAGGGGGGCUUCAUGUUGCAUAGUGCCGUGCACCAGUUCCGCCCCGACUGCAGAUGUGUAAUGCACCUGUACAACGAAGCUGUGUCUGCAGUAUCUGCCACCAAGCAGGGCUUGAUGCCGAUAUCCCAUGAGGCCCUGCUGAUCGGAGAGGUUUCCUACUACGACUACCGCGGUGUUCCAGUCGACCAGAACGAAAGAGACACCAUCGCUAGGAGCCUGGGACCAAAGAACAAGGUGCUGAUACUGAGAAACCACGGUGUACUGGUGUGUGCAGAGACGAUAGAGGAAGCUUGGUACCUUGCAUACAACACUGUGAAGGCUUGUGAGAUACAGUUGAAGGCGAUGCCUGCAGGACUGGAUAACCUGAUUGUCCUGGACCGCUCAGCGCUGCGUGAGGAGCCCAAGGAGGAACAGAAGGGUGGCGGGGACACGGCACACUACAAGGCAACUGAGGAGAAGCACUACAAGUGGAAAAAGGGAGAGCUAGAGUUUGAGGCACUAAUGAGACAGAUGGACAAUUCGGGCUACAAGACUGGGUACAUCUACCACCAGCCAGUCGUGCGCCACCUGCCCGGCACAGGCAAGAGCAACGAUGAGGUCGCCAUUCCUCCGUCGGCCUCGGGAUUCACAGAAACAGCCGGGCACGACGACGACCUGGGCUUCCUCUCGCCUGCGCGCCGGGCCAUGGACCGGAAACAGGGCGAGAAGACCAAGUGGCUGCACUCCCCAAACGUGUACACCAAGGUGCAGGUGCAGGUGGAACAGAACGGGGAUGGAGAGGAACCCAAAACAGUGACCAGGUGGGUGUCGGAGGACUCCCCCAGCAAAGGUACCAUCAUCAAGGUGGACCCCAACGCCUUUGUUCCCACAGGGAUACCUGAAGAGGAUGUGCGCAACAAGGUCAAAGUGCUGAAGGACAAGCGAGUUGCAGACAAACUAUCGUCAGGCCCUCAGUCGAAUAUUCUGCACGGCAUGCCCUGGGCAGCCACUGCUUCUGGUGACCAGGUUGUUGUUCAUGCGGGGUCAAAGGGUAUAAUUCAGCAGGAGUUCCAGGAUGAAUUUGUGUUCCCAAUGUUACAAAGUCCAAAUCCGUUUGAGAAGAUGACAGAGAAGGAGCUGGAAGAGUAUCGCAAGGAAGUGGAGAAGAAGCAGAGAGGUGUGGGCGAGGAGGAGAUCACCACGACGACCGUGGAGACGGUGGUGAUCGAUGGCCAGGUGAAGACGGUCCAGAAGGAGACCGUCCUGACGGUGGUCAAGUCCGGGGAGGGCGAGGACGCAGAGAUACAUGAGAAACUCAUGGAAGAGUUACGAGCUGCCAGCAUCAAACGCAAAACGCCUACCAAACGCCACUCGUCCUCGUCUCACAGCUCUCAGGAGGAGAGCUUGGUUAACAGACCUGCUGGCUCGACUGAAGAGCCAGAAUCUAAACCUUCCAUACAGCCUGUAUCUGAACCUCCUACACAGGCACCAGUAAAACAGGAAAUCAAAGCAGCGAGCCCGAAGCGGCUGUCGCCUGCCUCCCCAGGGUCUCCAGCGGGCAGCCCGGUGAACGGUCAGGGCGCCCCAGCAGGCGGGUCGCCUGAGAAGGCGGCAGAGGCCGGGGAGUCGUCAGAGGGAACACCCAAUGCCAGCGGCAAGGAGUCCUCACCAACUAAGGAGACAUCCCCAACCAAGAAGAAAAAGAAACUCCGAACACCGUCCUUCCUCAAGAGCAAGAAGAAGGACAAGAAGAAAGACAAGGAAUAAGCGAAGACACACCCACCAACAAAUGAAACUUUAAAAAGAAUUACUAUGUUGGGUGCUACAAUACACAUCAGCCUACAAAGUGGAAUAAGAGGCUUUUGGGGGGGUUUAGCUGCUGUAGGGGGUAUUGCAGCCCCUGUA